CUUUCUCCUGCAAGGCGGGGGAGUUCCUGGACAUGCAGGCGCAGGCGUGUCGCCCCUGCGCCGAGGGCAGCUACUCGCUGGGCACCGGCGUCCGCUUCGACGAGUGGGACGAGGUGCCCCACGGCUUCGCCAACGUGGCCACCAACCUGGAGGUGGACGAGGCCUUCGGGGACGCCGUGGAGAACUGCUCCGCGUCGACGUGGGUGCCGCUGGGGGACUACGCCUCCAACACGGACGAGUGCACGGCCACCCUCAUGUACGCCGUCAGCCUCAAGCAGUCGGGCACCGUCUCCUUCGAGUACAUCUACCCCGACAGCAGCAUCGUCUUCGAGUUCUUUGUGCAGAACGACCAGUGCCAGCCCACGGUGGAGGAGUCGCGCUGGAUGCGGACGACGGAGAAGGGCUGGGAGUUUCACAGCGUGGAGCUGAGCCGCGGCAACAACGUGCUGUACUGGCGGACCACCGCGUUCUCCGUCUGGGCCAAGGUCCCCAAACCGGUGCUGGUGAGGAACAUCGGCAUCACGGGGGUGGCCUACACCUCCGAGUGCUUCCCCUGCAAACCCGGCACCUUCGCCCCCGCCGCCGGCUCCGGCUCCUGCCAGCUCUGUCCCCCCGACACCUUCUCCGGCAAAGGGGCCACCGUCUGCCAGCCCUGCGAGCCCGCCGCCUACGCCGAGCCCGGCUCGGCGUCCUGCAAGCCCCGGCCGCCCUGCACCGACAAGGAUUACUUCUACACCCACAGCGCCUGCGACGCCCGCGGGGAGACCCAGCUGAUGUUCAAAUGGGCAGAGCCCAAAAUCUGCAGCGAGGAGGCGGCGGGGGCGGCUCGGCUGCCCCCCUCCGGGGUGAAAACCAAGUGCCCCCCCUGCAACCCCGGCUUCGCCAAGGGCAACGGCAGCGCCUGCCAGCCCUGUCCCUACGGCUCCUACUCCGACGGCUCCGGCUGCCUCAGCUGCCCGCCGGGCACGGAGCCGGCGCUGGGGCUGGAGUACAAGUGGUGGAACGUGUUGCCCCCCAACAUGGAGACCACCGUCCUCAGCGGCGUCAACUUCGAGUACAAGGGGAUGGCAGGCUGGGAGGUGGCCGGGGACUACAUCUACACGGCGGCGGGAGCCUCCGAUAACGACUUCAUGAUCCUCACGCUGGUGGUCCCCGGCUUCAGCCCCCCGAGCCCGGUGCCGGAGGACGCGGAGAGCAAGGAGGUGGGCAGGAUCACCUUCGUCUUCGAGACCGUCUGCAGCGUCAGCUGCGAGCUCUACUUCAUGGUGGGCGUCAACUCCCGCACCAACACGCCGGUGGAGACGUGGACGGGCCCCAAGGGGAAGCAGUCCUACACCUACGUGGUGGAGAAGAACGCCACCAUGAGCUUCACCUGGGCUUUCCAGCGCACGCCCUACCACGAGGCGGGCCGGCGCUACACCACCGACGUGGCCAAGCUCUACUCCGUCAACGUCACCAACGUGCUGGGAGGGGUGGCCUCCUUCUGCCGGCGCUGCGCCCCCGAGCCGGCCGGCUCCUGCGCCCCGUGUCCCCCCGGCCACGCCGUGGAGCGCGGCUCGGGCGCCUGUCGGCCCUGUCCCCCCGGCACCUACCUGCGGGGUCACCCCUCCGACGGGACCCCCGCCUGCCACCCCUGCGGCCCCGGCACCCGCAGCAACCAGCUCCGCUCCCUCUGCUACAACAACUGCACCUUCUCCCUGCCGCUGCCGGGCCGCGUCCUGCGCUACGACCUCUCGGCGCUGGCCCCCGCCGUCGCCUUCGCCAGCGGCCCCAGCUUCACCGCCAAGGGCCUCAAGUACUUCCACCACUUCAACCUCAGCCUCUGCGGCCACCAGGGCAGGAAGAUGGCCUCCUGCAGUGACAACGUGACGGACGCGCGGCUGCCGGCGGGCGAGGGGCCCGCGGGGCGGGUGGUGACGGCCCACGUCUGCCAGUCCCUGCUGGUGCCCCCCGACGUCAUGGGCUACAAGACGGCCGUGUCCUCGCAGCCCGUCAGCCUGGCCGACCGCCUGCUGGGCGUCACCACCGGCUCCACGCUGGACGGCGUCACCUCCCCGCCCGAACACUUCCCCCCCGGCCACCCCGACCUGCCCGACAUCGUCUUCUUCUUCAGGUCCAACGAUGUGACACAGCCCUGCAGCGGCGGCCGGGCCACCGCCAUCCGCCUGCGCUGCGACCCGCUGCGCCCGGGCACCGGCACCCUGGCUGUCCCCAGCAAAUGCCCCGAGGGCACCUGCGACGGUUGUACCUUCCACUUCCUCUGGGUGACGGGCGCUGCGUGUCCCCUCUGCUCCGACGCACACUAUCGCCCCAUCCUCGGCGCCUGCCUCGGCGGCGUCCAGAGGACCACCUACGUGUGGCGGGAGCCGCGGCUGUGCCGGGGGGGGCAGGAGCUGCCGGCUCAGAGGCUGAGGAGCUGCCGGAGCGGGGAUUUUUGGCUGAAGGUGGGAAUCUCGGCCGGCACCUGCGUCGCCGUCCUGCUGGCCGCCCUCGCCGCUUACUUCUGGAAAAAGAACCAAAAGCUGGAGUAUAAAUACUCCAAACUGGUGAUGACGGCGGCGGCCAAGGAGAGCGAGCUGGCGGCGCCCGACAGCUGCGCCAUCAUGGAGGGGGAGGACGCCGAGGACGAGCUGCUCUUCGCCAGCAAAAAUUCCCUUUUGGGCAAAAUUAAGGCCUUGGCCUCGAAGAGGACGCCGGACGGUUUCGACUCCGUCCCGUUGAAGACAUCGUCCGGCAGCGCCGCCAUGGAGCUGUGACAGGGACGGGGUUGGGGGGGGGGGGUGGGGGGGGGCCCACCGUGC